CAUAACCAUUCAGAUGCUCCCUAAACCAGUUCUCACUCUUCUAGACCUGUCACUUCCUAUUGCAUUCCCUGAACUGGGAGAAGCAGCCCUUGAGAACAAACUUAUGCUGAACAACAUGGAUCUCUCACAGGCUUCUAAUAAAGGAGCUGCACAAGAUGGAUGCAUCCUCCGGCUGACUGCAUCCUGCUGCAAUGGUGACAAACUCGUUAGAGCUACUGAAUUAGCGAAGCUUUUAUCAGUCAAAAAGUCAGUGAAGGGUGCAAUCCAACUUGCUACAGCUUUGAAGCUUCCAAGUUUGGAAGAAAGGUUCAACAGUGUAGUAGAAGAACGACUGCAUAACAAAACUGAGAAGCCUCUAGACACCUCUCUCGCAACCUCAAAGUAUAAUCUUUCUGAUAAGGCUGAUGUUGCAGCCAGCAAAAACUUAACUGCAUCUGGGAGAAGUGAAAUAGCAGGCACCGCUAUUCCAUCAUCAUCAGUGAAACUUUCAGCUCCUUCUUUCACAAUGAAAGCAAAACCAUCCAAUGGAGUUAAAGUUGGUAAACAAAAAUCAGAUCAAUACCAAACUGCAACCAUGGAGGAUAGCAAGGAGGCAAAGAAUUGAGAAACAAAAACUUCCGGCCAGGUGAAUAGUUUAGGAGAUAUGAAGACGACACUAACUCAAAACUUGCCUAAUCCAUUCUCAAAGGAAUCAAAUCAUAAUGAAGAUGGGAAGAAGGUUGCAGAAGUGCCUUGAGUACAAGGACAGCGCCCACCUAAUCCAUUUUUGAAGUCCACAAUCAAGUGAGGUGCCUCUUAGCUUUACAAUAGUGGGGCAUAAACAACCUGUAAGGAUAAGAUAAAGUGAAAUUGCACUC